CAUCCAGACAUCAUCAUCAUCAUCCUCACCAUCAGCAGCAGCAGCAGCAUUGCCGCGAUAGGCAGCGGGGCAGCCUGGGCAGCAGCCACAAAGACAGUAACUCCUACAAUGAAAUAGCCAUGAGCAGCUGCAGAUACAACGGCGGCGUAAUGCGGCCGCUGAGCAACUUGAGCUCGUCCCGCAGAAACAUACACGAGUUUGAUUCCGAGUCCCAGCCUUUGCAGCCCAUCUCCGCCGCAGAUGCGUCGGACACUUUAGUAUCCAAGCCGGAGAAUAAUUCAAGCACCCUGAUGCCUUACGCAUCGGGAGACGGAGGGGGAGGCUGCAGCCACAGCGGGGCCAAAUCGGGUAAAAAGAAGAACCAGAACAUUGGGGAGAAGCUGGGGCACAGGAGGGCCUUGUUUGAGAAAAGGAAACGGCUCAGCGACUACGCUUUAAUCUUUGGGAUGUUUGGGAUCGUUGUUAUGGUUAUAGAGACUGAACUCUCAUGGGGAGCGUAUGGAAAGGAAUCCCUGUAUUCAUUAGCUCUAAAAUGCCUGAUAAGCCUUUCUACAAUCAUUCUCCUGGGGCUGAUUAUCAUCUACCAUGCAAGGGAGAUACAGCUAUUUAUGGUGGACAACGCAGCUGAUGACUGGAGGAUAGCCAUGACAUACGAGCGCAUCUUCUUCAUCUGCCUGGAGAUCCUGGUGUGCGCCAUACACCCCAUCCCAGGCAACUACACCUUCACCUGGACGGCACGCUUGGCCUACUCCUACGUGGCAUCCAAGACGGACGCAGAUGUGGACAUCAUCCUGUCCAUCCCCAUGUUCCUGCGGCUGUACCUCAUCGCUCGCGUCAUGCUGCUGCACAGCAAGCUCUUCACCGAUGCCUCGUCCCGCAGCAUCGGUGCACUCAACAAGAUUAACUUUAACACGCGAUUUGUGAUGAAGACUCUCAUGACCAUCUGUCCCGGCACUGUGCUGCUGGUCUUCACCAUCUCGCUAUGGAUAAUUGCUGCAUGGACAGUGAGAGCCUGCGAGAGGUACCAUGAUAACCAGGACAUAACCAGCAACUUUCUUGGAGCCAUGUGGUUGAUCUCAAUCACGUUUCUUACCAUUGGUUAUGGAGAUAUGGUCCCACAUACGUACUGUGGGAAAGGAGUCUGCCUCCUGACUGGCAUUAUGGGCGCUGGCUGCACUGCCUUGGUGGUGGCUGUGGUGGCGAAGAAACUGGAAUUAACCAAAGCUGAAAAACAUGUUCACAAUUUUAUGAUGGACACCCAGCUAACAAAAAGAGUGAAAAACACAGCUGCGAACGUUCUCAGGGAGACGUGGCUCAUCUACAAGAACACUAAACUGGUGAGGAAGAUGGACCACGCCAGAGUCAGGAAGCACCAGAGAAAAUUUCUCCAAGCCAUUCAUCAAGCUCGAAAAUUGAGAAGUGUUAAAAUGGAGCAACGCAAGCUGAAUGACCAAGCAAACUCACUAGUGGACCUUGCUAAGACUCAGAACAUCAUGUAUGACAUGGUAUCAGACCUGAAUGAGAGGGAGGACAUGGAGAAAAGGAUUGCCCUGCUGGAGACGAAGCUGGAGACUCUACUGAGUAACUUGCAAGCUUUGCCCGGACUCAUCAGCCAGGUCAUCAGCCAGCAGCACAGGGACUUCCUGGAGGUGCAGCUCCAGCCUUAUGACAAACACAGCCCUGAGCGCUCACAGUCAGUGUCCCGACGGAGGUCGUCCUCCACGGCACCGCCCACCUCCUCGGAGAGCAGCUAG